AUGUCAAAAUUAAUUUUAUCAUAUUUGUUCAAAACAAAUUUAUCGGUAUUUCGUUCGGCUAUUUUAGAAGAAAAUACCGAUAAAAUUUGUCGUAUUUUGGACUUUGAACGUGAUUUUCUCCAUAAAGAUAUUGAUCAUGAAGGUAACACAGCACUCUUAUUAGCUGUUGAUCAUGCAUCACCAUUAAUUGUUCGUUUAUUACUUGAUCAUGGUGCUGAACCUGAUAAAACAAAUACAGUUGAUUCAAGAACACCACUUAGUUUAUUAGCGUCAAAAUCCUAUGAUGAUUAUAAUUCACAUAAAGCACAAAAAACACUUGAAAUGGCUAAAAUUCUAUUAGAUUAUGGAGCUUUUGUAGACAAACCAAUACCAUGUGUAUAUCAAAAUGAAAAUGAUAAAGAACAUCCUGGUAAAGAAACACCUUUAAUGAUAGCUGUAAGAAAAAAAAAUAUACCAUUUGUAAAAUUAUUACUUGAAAGAAAAGCAGAUGUGAAUUUUACGGAUAGACAAUCCGAAGUUCGAUCUAUUCAUUAUGCAAUAGCAAAUGGUGAUGAAGAAAUGUUUGAUUUAUUAGCAAAUGCAGGUGCAUUAGAUUCUUCAAUAGUAACUGUAGAUAAAAAUACUUUAUUACAUUGGUUUUGUUAUACAAAAGAAAAUGAUAAACAAAUAUCUUUAUUAGAAAAAAUAAUUAAAAAAGGAUAUGAUAUAAAUGCACAAAAUUGGCAACGUCGUACACCAUUAAUAAUUGCAGUUAAAAAUGAUAUGACAAAUACAUGUCGUAUACUUUUAGAUAAUGAAGCAAAUAUAGGGAAAUAUGAUUGCAAUGGACAUCAAGCUAUUGAUUUAUCUGUACCAGGUAGUGAAUGUUCAAAAAUACUUCUUCAUGCAAUGAAAACAGAAAGAUAUAAAUUACGAUUAUUAUCAACUCCAGUGAAUAAAUCAAGAAAUACAAUGAUUCGUAAACAACGAAUCGGUAGUGCACGACGAUUUACAACUGAAAUAUGUAAUACUGAUAAUAAUAAUAAUGAGACAAAAGACCAAGAUAAUUUAUCAAAACAUUCUCAAGAAGACAAACAAAAUACUUCAACGUUUCAUGCAUAUUUAUCUCUUAAUGACAUAAAAGAUAAUAGCGAAAUUGAAACGAAAUAUGAACGUGUCUGGGAAAAAUCCUUCAAACCAAGACAAAGAACAUUACUAUUGAAAGGAACCCGUAAAGGACGAGCACUGUCAGUUGAUACUGAAGAUACGUCACGAUUUUAA